AUGGAAAGUCGCACACUUGCCUCGUAUCGGCCAGAAGGUUCCGAGACCGUAGCGACUUUUGACAGGGUGAGGGCAUUUUACAUCUUGGGGUUGGUUGGCGUCCACCAACAGCUUUUGAGCGCCCCAAUGCACCGGGUGCAACUGGCGAAUUAUCUGCAGUAUAAGACGGUGGAUCAUGGUGUGGAGCUGAUGAUGGGCAUGAUGCUCAUUUCUGGCUGGCUCUCGUCCGCCACAUGGAAGGAUGCUAGCUGGACAAGUCACAUGCUUCGGAAAGUGGCACGCCUCAUCCCGCCUUACAUGGUGGCGGUGGCCUUCACAAGCCUUCCAUUGUCCUUGCAGUGUGAAAGCUGGGAGUGCAAGCUGCAGUACGGCCUGGAGAUGUUGACCAUCGGUAGCUGGAACCCCUUCCUGUCAUGGUGGACCAUGAACCAGCCCCUUUGGUUCGUCUCUACAUUGUUAUCCUAUCACUAUAUGUCUCCUCCUUUUCUGAGGUGGACUCGCAGGCAAAGUGUUCGGCGGCUCGCUCUUGUGGUGACCCUCUUGUAUGCCCUCCGCACAGGCCUCGCUUGCCUAGUGCUGCUGCUGCUCGAAAGAUGGACCGGGGACCUAGACAGCUACGGACGCAUAGUCCACGUGUGGAGUCCCACACAGAUUUGGGUUCCCUUCAUGGGGGCUUUGCUGGAGCAGAUCACUGCCCGGACUUCACUGCCGACGUGGGUCCGAAAAUGGCAUGUUUGGCUGCUGACAGACGUCUUAAUUGUAGUGUUGAUUGUGUGCACGAACUUUCUGCCAUCGACUGGGUCGCCCGGGAUCGAUGCGCUCGUCGCCUACAACAACCUGGUCACAGGACCUGUCCAGCUUGCCCUAUUGGUACUUAUCAGCUGUGAUUGCAACUCUUUCAGGCGGAUUUUCGGCCCCACACAUGGCAGCCGCCGGCUGGCAGCAUCAAUGUUGAAGCUCUCAUAUACUGUUGCCUUGACGCACUGGCCUUGGGCUCUUUGUGUGCAUCAUUGCGGGCUCUUUGGUAUGGACUCCUGGAACUCCAUGUUGGGCACGUGGGGGACAUCAAUCCUCUUCGCGAUCUUCCUGGAUUUCGUCGUCGUGGAUCCGUUCACGGCGUCAUUUUGCAGCUGGAUCAUCCCGAAGUCCACGGAGCCCACGCGCGGCAAGGCAGGGCAGAACCCAGGGGGCGCGAGGGCUGGGCGGCGCCAGGAUGCCGUGGAGUUAGCUCCAGCCGCGAAGAUUGCUGCACCUUUCCAGAGGCCCUCUAAGAAAAGGGCUGGAACUUUGCCCUUGACUUCCUUCCUGUCUCGGGCAUAG